UGAUUAUGCAACUGAGAUAAAUCUGAACCGUAUCAAUGACACAAUGGUCAAACUAAAACAUGACUUUAAUCAUAAACUUAGCAAGAUAAAAGAGAAUUUCGAGCAGAAGCAUACUAACUUGUAUCAUGAUCUUGAUGAAAAGUUUGAAGAAAGUCAAGUUACUAUAAAAUAAACACAUUAUUGAGCAAAUAGGAGGAAAGCCACUUAGCAUUGAUGAGAUCAAUCAAUUACUCGCAACAAAGGCAAACCGGUCUGAUCUUGGAAUCCUUGAUAAGACCAAAUCAGAUAAAUAUGAGAUCGAAAACUUUCUUCAAAUAGUUAAAUCUCUAUCCACACAAAACGAUCACAUUCUUACACUACUUAUUGAAGGAUUUAAAGUAGAUAUCGACUCUAAAAUCGACACUGAACACAGCCAAAUUAACAAAUAAAGCUUCUGUCCUUUCCCAGUUGAUCAAUUUAUACAACUGGAGUAAGAAGCAAAAUCUAAAUCCCAGCUCUCCAGAUAGCCCAAAAUCCCAAAUUCCAAAAUCUGCAUGAAAAAAAAGCUUCAAUUUCAAGCUCAAGAGGCAAAAGACUGUCUUCAAAUCCCGUCGGGAAUCUUGUCCGACAAAUUCUUACGGUUCAGAAUCACUUAACCACAAAAAUGCUUCAAACCUUAUGAAAUUCUCACACAAGGUUUUGCCAAAACAGGCUGCAUCUCUUCUUCAGAAGCAUAAAAUUCCCAUGAAGAGUUUAAGAUGACAGACUUCCCACCGGUCAAGGUCUUUGACUAGGAUUUCGUUCCAGCAGACCCCGGUUAAGGAUCAUGAGAAGUAGGUAUUUGGAGAGAUAGAGUGGUGGGACAUUCAAGAAUAAGGUUGUUUUUGAGAAUAGGAAAGUAUUGUAAUGCAAUUAUGUUUUAGU